AAUUUUUGCCAUUUUUCGUUUAUUUAUUUCCGGCAGCUUCAGCUCAACUAGCUAAAAGUCACACAGGAUUUAACUUUUUGUUGACUUGUUAACAAGGACAAUUCCAUUUUUUUCCCCCCAAAGACACUUCCAAAGCCAGUUUUGCGAAUAAAAAAGAAAGCUUCGGUUCUCGCUGUAGUUGGACCUCUUGAGUCACGAUGUGGGAGUUCCGCUCUAUGAUGUUCUGGCGGGCGGUGUUUGCCGAGUUUUACGGCACCAUGUUCUUCGUGUUCUUCGGGAUGGGCGCAGCGCUGCGCUGGACCUCGGGGCCGUACCACGUCUUCCACACUGCCCUGUGCUUCGGUCUCGCUGCUGCCACACUCAUCCAAUCCAUCGGCCACAUCAGCGGAGGACACAUCAAUCCGGCCGUCACCUUUGCCUACUUAGUGGGCUCUCAGAUGUCCCUGUUCAGAGCUUUCUUCUACAUUUGUGCCCAGUGCCUGGGGGCCAUGGCAGGGGCCGCGGCCCUCUACGGAGUCACACCCAACAACAUGAAAGGCACACUGGCAAUGAACACGCUGCAGCCCGGGAUCAGUCUGGGAAUGGCGACCACAGUGGAGGUGUUUCUCACCAUGCAGUUGGUGAUCUGCGUCUUCGCCGUCACAGACGAGAGACGCAACGGGCGUCUGGGUUCUGCCGCUCUGUCCAUUGGCUUCUCGAUUACCAUGGCCCACCUGAUGGGGAUGUACUACACUGGCGCUGGUAUGAACCCAGCCAGGUCUUUCGCUCCUGCUGUUAUCAUGAGGAAUUUCAUCAACCACUGGGUGUACUGGGUGGGGCCCAUGAUUGGUGGUGCUAUGGGGGCCAUCCUGUACGACUACAUGCUGUUCCCCCGUAUGAGGGGCUUAUCUGAGCGGCUAGCCACUCUCAAGGGCAGCCGGCCCCCCGAGGCCGAGAACCAGCAGGACGCCCGCGGGGAGCCCAUCGAGCUCAAGACACAAACCCUAUAAACCUGCUCAAAACCUGGGGACGGAAGUCUGGCUCCACCUCACAGGACCAUCUCACCGCCCCGAGCAACAGCCAACACACCUGUAAAAACGAUAUCAAA